AUGGUGCACAAGCGCCUCUGCGGCCGCAACGCCUCAUCAUUCACUAAGCCCGUCGUGGUGCGCAAUGCCAAUGUUUCGACCAGCAGUAGCACCUACAUCCAAUCAACACUGAUCACACCCACGUCUACAACCGCGCCGCCGCUCGCGACCCUAAUGCAGUUUGUUGACUUUUUUGUCGAGCCGUCAGCUGUCUCGCCGCCCGAGGCCGUGAGUCUAGCUGAGGAAAUGGCGUCGGACUUCUACAGUGAGGUGUCCAUCAUGUACGACAUGCUAUCGGACAUCAAGACGCCCACCGCUGAGGGCCGAGCCGUAGACGAGCUCAUGCGCCGCUUGCACACCUUGUUGAGCGCCAAUGCCAACAGACAUUCCACGGACGAAAACAUUUCUACUCAGAUCACAAACGUGCGUGGAUUGUAUAAUGGACUCAUUCGCGUGUUUAUCUUCCUGUACCAGCGGUAUUACCACUCCUUCGUGGUACUAGAAGUGAGCGAACUUUUGGCCGCGAGCUGGCAGCGGCUGCUUGCCUUUGUGGUUGAAUAUCGCAUCCUAGACGAAAUGUUCGUCCGCAAAGUGUACGACCAUGUCAUGCAGAUCGUCAGCUCCUCUUAA